CCACCCCGAUCGGAUAAACUAUAAAUCCGACUCUACCCGAAACAGCUUAGCGUCAUCAAGUACAAGAUUCCGUCGGUUCCUUUGAUCGGUUCACCUUUGCUAAGCUUGCUACUGCUUUCCCACUGCCACACUUCCCCUUAGCUAGCUGUUCGGUUUCAGCCCCAGCCCACAAAUCGCACAUUCUCAUCCCCGCGCUGGCUCAGAUAUGCCUCCGCCAGCUGCAUCACUGGCAAUGUUGAUGUUGCAGUAGGGAGCAACGGACAUGUGGCUCUUUGAGGUAUGUGGAAAUUGUUGGCUAGCUACUUGGCCAAUGAUCUGAAAGACGGCACUGACGGUAUCUGCUCUGCAACUGCCCAGUGUGGUUCAGCCAACAACCAACCCUAUACCAAGUGCCGUCCAGGAAGCCAAUGUGAUCAUUCGGCUGCCAACGGGGCCCCCUGUUCCAUACAUAAGUCCUCCGAAGGCAGUUUCAGCUCCGCCCGUACGCUGGCAGAUGUAACGUCGUCUUCCACCGUAGUUACGAUCAAACUACCGCCUCGGGCUCCGAGCUCCGAGCUUCUAGUCAAGACCAGUGCCAACAAAUCAUGUAUCAAUUUCCAACCCCUGUCCACGACACCCUGGCUGGGUUUGACAGACCUCCCUCCCUCCCGGUUCCUGGCUUGAAUCCGCAGAGUCCAGAGCUGGCGAGUGGCUCAGCAAGAUUCUAAAAUCAGAUGCUUAAUGCUAAAUUGGAGGAUUACUGUUCUA